GGUGGACGGCGGAGCUCCAUGAGAGAUUUGUUGAUGCUGUUACUCAGCUGGGUGGCCCUGAUAGUAAGUCUAAGUCAACUCAACUCUCUCUCUCUCUCUAGAUGAUGCGCUCCUGGCUUCGUUUAGUUGGUGAUAUACAGAUAUUUGGAAAUGGGUUUCUGUAUAGUUAUUUGUUUAUUGUCUUUUGCUAUUCAUUGUAGGUGCUUUAUCUUGAUUAUUUAGUUGAUUGGUGUAUAUAUAUUAAUUACUCUCUCUCAUUACCUUUUCUUUCUCUAAUCAUUAUCAUCAUCAAUACUGCGGUUCAUGUUCGUUUUUGGUAGUAUGUAUAUUAGUUGCUUUAUGGUGAAAUUAAGUUAUUAUACAUUAAUUUUCAUUUUCAUUUUUUCACCCUUUCCAAAUUCCGAUUACCCAUCAUUAUAAGCAGUUGAUGCCCUCUCUCUCUCUCUCUAACUUGUCUCAAUAACGGCCAUGAUUUUUAAUUCUUUUAAAUAAUUAGAGUUAUAUUCUUAUACGCUCUAGAAUGAACUUCAAGAAUUGCUAUUUUUCUCUUUCCUUUUUUGACGUUUUACAAGUGAAUUAUUGUAUAACUAUUUGCCAAUUAUGAAAGAAAAUUGUCUUCUUAACUUGUGCACUCUUCCUUCUCAAAUGUUAUGGGGAUGUCCUUAAUUCAAUUUGAUCCUGUGGCGGAGUGACCCUUUCUGGAGGCUGAAGCCUUGGUAGAUUUCACCCCGUUUCGUGUGGUUUUGGAUUCUGUUUAAGUAUUGGGUUAUCAAUGUCAAACUUGUUACAAUUGUACAGUGGAUCCAAUUUAAUAGGGUCACGAAUUUUAGGGUUUCAGGAGAGAGACUCAUUCUUUGGAUGUUUAUGGUCCUAAUGUGUUUUGGCCCUUUUGGGUAAUAGUGCAGCCACCACCUUUCUAGCCAUUGUUUUUUGCCUUCGUUAGGGAAUCUCAAUUCUCUUUUACUCUUGGAUGUAGGUUGGUGUCACGGCUCCUUGGUCACUUGUUCGUGCUUUGUGCUUAUUUCUCAAUUUUUGCUUCACUAGUUUUGGAUUUAGCUUUUGUUUGUUGUGCAUCUGCCCUCAAUCGCAACCAAAUUUCUAAUCCUUAAACAGUCUUAGUGGUCAAAUUUUGUUUGACAAAUGGGCUAUCCUUUAUAUAAGUGUCUAGAAUCUACUUCACCAAGGAGAAAAAGUAGUCAAAGGGAGAAACUUGAUUUUGGCACCAUUCUGUUCAAUUGUUUUUGGCAUACACGAUCUGAUUACAGACAAAUUAGAGUGUUUGUGGUUCUUUGUCAUCAUUUUGGAAGAAUAUUCUGAUGUAAAUGCAAAAUUUAUGUGAGCAUCAAGAAUAUAACAAGGAUGAUCAAUUUAUCCGCUUGUAUUGCCUUCGCACUUCUUGAAUCAAACAGUUCCUAAACAGUGUGAAAAUGGUGAUCAGAAUCACAUAAAGGGUUCAAUUGCAUGCAGAAGUAUCGUGGAAUUAACAUAUUCCUCUCUCUCUCUGAGCUUUUGAUAUACUAUUUUUGUUAUGUAUUACAUUGGGGUGAAACAGGAGAUGAUAGAGGCUUCCAGUUAUGUUUCUAUGUUGUCUUGUGUUGUAUGUCUUGUUAUGUACGCUCUUGUAUUUCAAUUAUUUUGUAAAUUGGAACAUAGCUGGAUUAAUGUUUAAAAAGAGUACUGUACUGUUAUUACUUUGGAUUUAUCAACUUCGAGGUGUAUUUUGAAAUGCGAUAAUCUUAAAAUAUAAGAAAAAGGGAAAAAAAGAAUGAAAGAAAACAAUGACAAAAAGAAGUGAGUUUUGAAAUGUAUAUGACUUGCCUCUAUAAGUCGAAGACCUUGCAUUCUCGUUUUUGAGUUUGUUGAGGUACUAUUAUAGGAGAAUUUCCUACGUCCACGCUAAUUUUAACAACUCAAAUCUGAGGUUUGACUUCAUUGAAAAUUUGACUAGAAUGCUUUGAAAGAGAUUCCUCCUAACAUUGUUGAAGAAUACUAUUGCUUAGUAAAUUUAAUGUUUUGAAGGGUAAAAGUUCACUUAUAUAGUUUGAAGUUAUACCAUAUAUUGUCCUUGAUUUAGCAGUCAAGAAAUUCUUUUACACUCGGUGUCUAGGGUGCAAUUGUUGAACUGAAAGUGGAUAAGUAAUUACCAGCAAUCAGAUGUUGAUUGGUAAUAUAGAUGAUGCUAACUAAAAACUUUAAAUAAGCGCUUGCAUCACAAAGGAGAAUUUUAAUCUCAAAAUGAGUGCAAGAAAAUGGGAAACCACUUAAGAGUCAUGAGAUAAAUAUGAGAACUGCCAGAGGUAAGGGACAAAUGGUGAUUAUUGAUGUUUCAGUCUUCUAAUCGUUUUGAGCACUGCUAGAAGUAUGACUGUAGAAAGCUGGAGGUAGGAAUUGGAAUGUGAAAUGGAAAACUGGUUAUAAGGAAAGAUUGCCUCGUGUAAUGAUGAUAUUAGAAGAACUUCUGGAUGGCUUUAUCAACUUCAAGGGUCUCUGAGCCAGAACUUUCUUAGUAAAAAUUGAUAACUGCAGAAUUUUGGUGGGCUAUGGCCGCUGCCAGAUGUCUCUACAUCUGCCAUUCGAUGAAGGCAAAGCAAGGUUAAUGCUUAUGCCUUGCUAGGACAAGGUACUCUCAGGCAACAGACAAGACUGGGAUACUUGAUGCAACUCACUUCUAAUUAGGACAUUGGAUAAUCUAUUGCUGUAGCUGCUUCUGUUAGGAAUGACGUUUGGAGAUUGCUUACAAAUAAGUUUCACAUGGUGCAAUUGAAGGUUGUGGCUGGAAUAUCCUCUUGUUGAAGAAACUGAUAUCAUUCUUUUCCGAUUUGGAUAAAUUAAUUCUUUUUAUGUGCGUUCCUGAAAUUUUGCCGUUACUCACAACUUAAGUCAUUUCCUGACCAAAGCCCUCAUUCAGAAGAUUUUUGAAAGGCUGGUCUGCAGUCUGCACCUGGUAUACUUUAUUUUUACGAAGGGCCUGUAAACUCCCUUGCAGCCCAUGAAUUGAAGCACUUAGAAUGAAUUCAAGGAAAUCCAUUGUUUUACCUUUUGUUCUAGGCACACAAAUUUAUGAAGCUUUGUAUAUGAUCAGUUGUAUUUUUUCUUUGGAGAGGCAAUGACCAUAAUUGUCAAGAGACCAAUGUGCAUCCCAUAAAUAUCUAGUGUUGCAUCGAUGGUUAAAUUUCAAUAUCACAUGCUUUCAGCACUGAAUAGAAAAUCUUGCAACAGAGUAUAGUGUUUCAUGUGUCUAAGAAAUGAAAAAUGGCUUUUUUAUGUUGAUUACCCAUAUCAUGAAGCAAUCUACAGAAUGAGCCUAUUCAGGGCUCUACCAUUUCACCAAGUUCUGGAGUAGGAUAGUACAUAGGGUUUAGGUUUGACAUGUUACAAUGAUUUACAUUCCAGUUUUUGCCUUAACUAUCUUAUAUGUGCCAUUGAACUUUGUCAACAUUUCUUGGGACUUAAUUUCCAGCCUAUGGAGCUGUUUGCCAAAAAAAACACAAGAAAAAAUAGACAAGAUGAUUUAUGCUAAUUCUGGUCGGGUGGCACGAUAUAUACCAGCCAGGGUCUCCUAUAAAAAAAAGAUAUUUACCAGUCCGGGUCAGAAAAAGUUUAAAGAAAAGCUUUGAUUACACGCUGAUCAGAGCUACUUUGCCUAAUUGCUUUGUUUAAAUUCUGAAUCAUCUUUGUAGUCAGACAAGCUGAUUUCAAAUGUUUCUGAACACACCCUGUAUUACUUUGCUUCAAAACUUGACCUACUCUGUUUUUGGACCCAUGCAUUUGGACUCACCUGACGGGUCUAUUCUCUUGUGUAAGAUCUUACUUUUUCGAUAUUGUAUAAAUUUUUCAUGGAUAUUCUUUCAAAAUUUUGAGAAUUUGUUUUGCUGAUAUUCUAUCUGUCCUGAUUUGCAUUGCAGAAGCAACUCCAAAGACAAUUAUGAGAACAAUGGGAGUCAAAGGCCUCACCCUCUAUCAUUUGAAGUCUCAUCUUCAGAAAUAUCGGCUGGGGAAGCAAUCUUGCAAGGAGUCAACUGACAACUCUAAAGACGCAUCUUGCAUCGCAGAAAGUCAGGACACAGGCUCAUCUACAUCAGCAUCAUCAAGACUGAUGGCCCAAGAUUUGAAUGAUGGCUACCAGGUGACUGAAGCUUUGCGAGUACAGAUGGAAGUCCAGCGAAGACUGCAUGAGCAGCUGGAGGUCCAGCGUCGUCUCCAACUUCGAAUUGAAGUGCAAGGCAAAUACCUGCAAUCGAUUCUUGAAAAAGCUUGUAAAGCUCUCAAUGACCAGACCGCAGCCACUUCUGGGCUUGAUGCUGCUAGGGAAGAGCUGUCUGAACUAGCGAUCAAGGUUGCCAAUGACUGUCAUGGGAUGAUCCCAGUCCCUUCAUUGUCUGAAGUUGCUGCAGCUCUAGACAACAACAAUGCUUCAAAUGUGCCUAUUCGAAUUGGUGACUUCUCCGUUGACAGCUGCUUAACGACAAGCAGAAACUCAGUUUCUCCCAUGGGUUUGGCUUUGCAGGCUGCUGCACUGAAGAAGAGAUCAAGGCCCGUGUUUAGUAAUGGAAACUCAUUGCAUGUGGACAACAGUAUGCACCACGAGUGGAUGACGACUAAUAUUACAUGAAUAGAAGGACAUUUUUAACUCAAAAUUGCAUCUUCAAUUGUUUGCCAUCUCUAUUUACUAUUUUCCUUCUCGCCGAAAUGAUGGAUUUAUGUUGCCAAACUGUAACAUCAGUGGUUUGUAUAAUCUGAAAGCCAGAUUCAUGUCAACUUGGGAAUACAUUGAGUCAAUCUGAAGUUGUCUCCUAUUACACCUAGUUGUACAUUCAAAAUCUAUAUAAUUUUCUAUGGG